ACAUUCUUUUGCCUCCUCAACAGGCUCCAUCCCGUUUACCGCUUACCGAACAAGGCCAAUCCUGCGUACCGAACGAUGCGUAAGUUUCUCUUUUUUUAUUCGGGUUCGGAAAUUGAUUCCGACCCAAGAGAGAUAUCUACCUAAACCCUAACUGCGCCUCGUCGCAUCCCCUCUUCACUUCUCCUUUCAACGCGGACCAAAUCCCUUCUCUCAAAAGAGAACCAUCGCCAAAAACAUAAGCAGCUGAAUCGAAGAAAAAGCAAUGGAUAAUGGGAACCCUAAUGAAAUUGUCAACGAGAUCAAGAGGCUUAAGGCGGAGAAAGAGGAGCUCGAGAAGCGUAUAAGCCUUCUCGAGGCCAAGCUCAGCGAUGAGAAGGCUGAUUCCAGCUCUACUUCCAACGGCGAGAUUGCUGUACCUGAUACUGGAAAUGGGUUGACUCCUGAGAUGAUUUAUAGAUACAGUCGCCAUCUCAUUCUUCCCGAUUUCGGAGUCGAAGGACAGCGGAAUCUCUCCAAGUCCUCUAUACUGGUGGUUGGAGCUGGAGGGUUGGGGUCCCCUAUAGCAAUGUAUCUUGCUGCUUGUGGCGUUGGUUGCUUAGGCAUCGUUGAUAAUGACAAAGUUGAGCUUAAUAACCUUCACCGACAGAUCAUCCAUACAGAAGCAUAUGUUGGACAAUCAAAAGUGAAGUCAGCUGCUGUUUCCUGUCAUGCGAUUAACUCCUCUAUUAAAUUGGUGGAACAUAACGAAGCUUUGAAGGCUGCAAAUGCUUUGGAUAUAGUCAGCAAAUAUGACAUAGUUGUUGAUGCAACAGACAAUCUGCCAAGUCGAUACAUGAUUAGUGACUGCUGUGUUUUGCUGGACAAGCCUCUUAUAUCUGGUGCCGCAUUAGGUUUGGAGGGUCAGCUGACCGUGUAUCAUCAUAAUGGAGGUCCUUGUUACCGAUGCCUUUUUCCAACACCUCCACCUACAGCAGCAUGUCAGAGAUGUUCUGACAGUGGUGUUCUUGGGGUAGUUCCUGGUGUGAUUGGUUGUCUGCAAGCCCUAGAGGCGAUAAAGGUAGCUGGUGCUGUUGGUGAACCUCUGUCUGGAAGAAUGCUUCUUUUUGAUGCAUUGUCUUCUCGUAUACGGAUUGUAAAGAUAAGGGGAAGGUCAUUGCAGUGUAUAGCUUGUGGAGAAAAUGCUACCUUCACACAAGAAAAUUUCAGAAGAUUUGAUUAUGAGAGCUUCACACAGUCCCCAAUCUCGGACACGUCCCGUCCAAAGCUGAGCCUGCUACCAGAAAGUGCCAGAAUCAGCAGUCACGAGUACAAGAACAUAGUCGAUAAAGGCGAGCCACAUAUUUUAGUGGAUGUUCGUCCUGCCCACCACUUCAAGAUCUCAGCUAUUCCGGAAUCUAUUAAUAUUCCGCUGUCCAUGCUUGAGCAGAAGAUGUCAACAUUAGAUUUAGUUUUAAGGGAAGCCAGACAAGCAUCGAGCAGACCUGCAAGCUUGUAUGUAGUGUGCAGGAGGGGGAAUGAUUCUCAAAGAGCUGUCAAGUUUCUCAGUGAGAAUGGUUUUGCUUCAGCUAAGGAUAUUGUCGGAGGUUUAGAGUCAUGGGCAAAAGAUGUUGAUCCCACAUUCCCUACUUACUAGCUAGUUUAUAUGUAUUGUUGCCGUGGCUCCUAUAAAUUAAUUUGUAAAAGAUUCAGUGGUUUAUUUAUCUUGGUCAUACAACUAAUCCUUGAAAUGUAACGUGUAAUAUUAGUAUGUGUAUCUUUAUGAUUUGAUUGCAUCAACACCCCUUAGAUAAUGUCGAAGCUUGUUAAAUAAAUUGCUGUUGGAUUUGUACGCUGGCGGUAAUUUGGAUCCUCUGCGGAUUCAGGGAAAGCAUAUAUAUCCUAUAAAUUAAUUUGUAAAAGAUUCAGUGGUUUAUUUA